UGAUAUUACACGCGAUAGCUCCAACAAUAGUCUGAGUUCACAAUUUCUAUAAUCGAAUCAAUGGGAUUUAUUUAAAAUGCCAAAUUAAUGACUCGAUAUCGUUUGCAACUGCUCAAUAAUCGUACUCUAAAAUCGACCGACAAUGCCAGGGCCACAUUAUGGGAAUUCAGUAAACGAAUUGUCUUUGGUGGAUGCAAUUGACAUCGGUUGCGUAAUAGAGUUGUAAAAAUGAUGGGAGAGUACGGAAAGGAGUAUUCUCAUUCUCAAGUACCAAAGGAAACAAAUACUCGAGAGGUCAGUGAGUGUAGUGGUGCCCUAGUUGUAGGAAGCAUGGAAGAAAAACCCGCAAUAUUACAUGGUGAAGAACCAGUCUAUGAGCCAGCUAGAGGUGGAUUAGGUUUCGAAUUAUUCCGUUCGAUGAAAUUACACAAAGAUAAAAUUGCUCAGUACAUCAUAGAGACUGGUGAAUCCUGCACAAACGGUCAUCUAUUGGAUAAAAGCAUAAAAUUGGCCAUUUAUCUAAAGUCCAAAAAUUUCAAGAAGGACGAUGUGGUCUGCCUUUUCAGCCACAAUCAAAUGUACUCGACUGUUCCAUUCUUCGCAGCCAAAUUUAUCGAUGUCUGCUAUUCAUCUGUUGAACCAACCAUGGCCGAAGAAGAUAUCAUAUAUCUUUUCGAAUACAUACAGCCGAAGAUGAUCUUCGUUGCAGAAAACGUAGAGGACAAAAUUGAAGAAUGUAUGAAGAAAGCGAAUAUUAAAGCAGAUUUGAUAAUUUUAGGAAAAAGCCAGAAGAACCUCACUUUUGAUCAAAUCAUCGCCGAAACUCCGGAUCAAGAAUUUUCUCCAGCAAUAGUCGAGGAUCUCAAAGAAACCGCUGUUAUUUUUUUCAGUAGCGGAACUACGGGAAAACCGAAGGGUAUUUGUUGUAAUCAUUAUUCUCUACUAGGAAAAGUUAUGACUGUUGCAGAACACGUGACAGAUUCAGGAUCCUACAAUGUCAGCAACUUCACAUUGGUGAUAGGCGAAGAAUCUUACUACAACUGUCUUUCUUAUACUCCAAUGUAUUGGAUUUCGGGAAUAGGCAUAAUUCUGAUGUCAACAAUACAUGGAUCUCUAAGAACAAUGGGGGCUAAAUUCACCAGUGAGGGUUUCUGGGAAGCUAUGGAAAAGUUCAAGCCGAGCACUGCGUUCCUACCACCUGGUCAGAUUGUCAACGUUUAUCUGAAGUGGAAGGAAGGUAAAUGCAAAAGUACCGAUUAUCUAAGGCUAUUCGUAACGGGAGGAGGUCCUGUCAAGGCUUACCAUCUCGAUUAUGCGAGGGAGAUGUUCCCAAAUACGGCUGUUUUUCAAAUGCUCGGAAUGACUGAGGCCUCUGGUCUGUUGGCUACUUUCAGCGUACGGGAUCCAGAAAGUUUGGCACUGCAGAAAAAAUAUCCUGAAUCUUGUGGUAAAAUAUUCCGAGGACAAUCAUUCAAGAUCGUCGACGUCGAAACGGGGAAAACCUGCGGCCAUGAUCAAGAAGGCGAGUUGAGAAUUAAAUCCGUUUACAUGAUGAACGGCUAUUACAAAAUGGACACGACUUCUUGCUUCGACGAGGAAGGGUGGUUCAAGACUGGAGAUUUGGCAUACAUCAACAAAGACGAUUGUUUGGUAGUCGUCGAUAGGCUCAAAGACCUUCUGCUCUACACCCUGUACAACAUCAGACCUUCGGUUAUAGAAGAAAUUCUGGCACAGCAUCCUUCAGUCCACGAGGCUUUUGUAAUUGGAAUACCACACCCUACAGACAAUGAACACCCAAUGGGUGUAGUGAAACUGAAAAAUCAACGUCACACUGAUGUUACACCAGAAGAACUUGUAGAUUAUGUCAACCAAAGAGUACCCUCCGACAGAUACAAAAUAAGAGCUGGAGUUAAAAUAGUGGAUAAUAUCAUUAGGACGCCAACGGGGAAAAUAAAAAAGAUUUUAAUGAAAAAGAUGAUUCUAGAGGGAAAAAUUUGAUUUCAAUCAAAUUUUCUGGGAAUUCAUGAAAAUCGAAUCCAGUAAUCCAAUAGAUUAUAUUAUUAUACAUUUGAGUAAUGUAUAUUCUAAUCAGUGGCAUGUCUAGAUCUUGAGAACUAAAGAAGUUGCUCCACCUUUUUUCGAUUUUCUAAAUUUUAUGUGAAAUAUUACCUGCAUAUAAUAAUAUAAUGAAAGAAUUAUACAGAUUAUAGCAACGAAUGGGAUUCUUGUCUUAUUGAAAGUUUUCUCUUUCAUAGUGGUUUAUCAAUGAAAUUUGAUAUUACUGUCCCUCAAUUUAUUUAUGUAAAUUGUUCAGAUGAAUCAUUCUGAUUUCGUAAGCUACUUUUGCUAGGAAAUAAAAUACAAAAUAAAAAUAUUUU